AUGCACUACUACAGACUGGGGACUGAGUGGCUAAGCAGCAGUUCUGCAGAAAAGAACCUGGGGAUUACAGUGGACAAGAAGCUGGAUAUGAGUCCCCAACUCUGGGAAGCCCCAUUGCCUGGACCCCCACUGCAACCCUGGGACUGGAGGGCUCUUGCUCCCUGCCGAGGCCUCAGGGGCACCAUGGACCGAGGCAAUACGAAUAUCCCACCAACCACUGGGGCGAAUUCCAGCCAGAUCCCUGUAGCUGUGAGUGCUGCUCACCUGGCCUCUGCAGUGUUGCUCUUCCCCACCUUCCUGGUGGGUGUGGUGGGGAACGGGCUGUACCUGUGGGUGCUGGGACUGAAGAUGAGGAGGACAGUGACCACCCUCUGGUUCCUCCACCUGGUCUCCUGUUCCCUCCUCUUCACCCUGCUGAUCCCCUUCUUCAUCGUCUCCCUCCUCAUGGAUUUCCACUGGGUCUUCGGCAUGGCCAUGUGCAAGCUUCUCAACACCUGCAUCUCCGUGGGCAUGUUCACCUCUGUCUUCCUUCUCACCCUCAUCAGCCUGGACCGCUACACCCUCACUCACCAUCCCAUCUGGUCCCGGCAUAACCGCACCCUCCCCCAUGCUGGGAAGCUGGUCAUAGGGGUGUGGCUGGCCUCCUUCGGUCUCAGCGCUCCCUAUCUGGCUUUCCGGGAGACCCGGGUAUUAGAGGGGGGCAGAAUCAUCUGCAUCAACAAUUAUGCCCUCUCCGGAGACUGGAAUGGAGUCGAGACACAGGAACUGGGCAGACAGGUCCACCUGGCUGUCUUCAUUGUCCGGUUCCUGCUGGGCUUUCUGCUUCCUUUCUGCGCCAUCGUGGUAUGUUAUUUCCACGUGGGGCUGAAGAUGAAGGAGAAGAAGCUGGUGUGGGCUGGGAAGCCUUUCAAAGUCAUGGUGGCUGCGAUAGUUUCCUUCUUCCUCGGCUGGUUGCCCUACCACCUCUACCACGGCUUAAAGCUCUCCAAUAAGGAGGUGCCAGAGUCAGUGAUGGGUGCCUUCUUGGUCAUUUACACCUUCACGUCCUGCUUCAAUGCCUGCUUCACCCCCAUCCUCUACCUCUUUGUGGGGGAGAAGUUCUGGCAGGUCUUCAGAACGUCUCUUCUCACUCUGGUGAAAGCGGCUUUUGUCGACGACCUCGGCAGCAGUGCCUCCGAGUCUAGUGGAAGACACGGGUCAGAAGUCGAGAACACAAAACAGUUGAUGGCCUGA